AUGUUCAUAGCAAUUUUAAUCACUCUAUGUUUGAUUAGUUCUGUCAAGUGCAUUUCUCCCCCAAAUAUCUAUCUCAAAAAGUUUGAUGUUCCUGGCCUUGACGGAAAGGCGUCAAAUGCAUCUCAAGUUACCGGCAACGCCACGACUAUUUCUGUCGAGCUCAGUUUCUGGAACCUAAUAAGUUACGGAGCAGAGCAGCAACAAACUGUUUACUACGAUAAUAUAAAUCUAGCUGUUUAUUAUUUUAGCAAUAGUAACUCAAAGUUAGCAACCGGAAACUUUACUAUACCCGAGUUUCAUCAUCGGUUUGCUUGGUCAACUCAUCGUACAGGAACAAUUAAGACUCUUGGGGUACCUUGGGAAGAAGCUAGAACAGAGGUUUCUAGCGGGAGGAUGGCUAUAUUUCGAAUCGAAUUAGAUACAAAAACUCGGUACUCGAAUGGAAUUUGGAAGUCGAAAAGACAUGAUUUGAGAGUAGGAACUAACGUUACUAUCAACGAUCGGGGAACGAUGUCUUCAAACAACGAUUUGAAGCUGUCCAGUGCUUUGGUGUACGCCGGUGAUUGUGUUCGUGUCGGAAUCGUUGCAUUAUCGGUUCUUGUAUUACAUAUUCUUAUGUGA